GUUCGAGGAGGCCCUGCAGGAAGCCCGGCAGGUCGAUAAGCUGCUUUCAGAGGGCCCUGGUGUUGACUACCUGGAGGAGAAGUUCCCAUUGUUGGGGGUUCCCAUCACUGUCAAGGAGGCCUUUUGUCUGCACGGGAUGCCCAACACCUCUGGCUUGGUCAGCCGCCGCAACGUGAUCGCCACCUCGGAUGCCACGGUGGUGUCACGGCUGAAGCAGGCGGGUGCCAUCCCACUGGGUGUCACCAACUGCAGCGAGCUUUGCAUGUGGUACGAGUCCAGCAACAGAGUCUAUGGGCGGACCAACAACCCCUAUGACCUGCAGAGGAUCGUGGGCGGCAGUUCAGGUGGGGAGGGCGGUGUCCUGGCAGCUGCCUGCUCAGUCAUAGGUGUGGGCUCCGACAUUGGCGGCAGCAUCCGGAUGCCUGCCUUCUUCAAUGGAGUCUUUGGCCAUAAACCCACGACAGGGGUGGUGCCCAAUGAUGGCCAGUUCCCAAAUGCUCACGGGGCGCGGACCAACUACCUGUGCACUGGGCCCAUGUGCCGCUACGCGGAGGACCUGGAGCCUGUGCUGAGGGUUAUGGCCGGUCCUGGGGUCAGCAAGCUGAAGCUGAAUGAGAAAGUGUCACUGGAGAAAAUCAAAUUCCAUUGCAUGGAUCAUGACGGCGGUUCCGUUUUUGUGUCACCUGUGGACAAGGAGAUCUUGCAGGCCCAAAAGAAGGUGGUGGAACACCUUGAAAGUGACCUGGGGGUCCAAGUUCAGCGUGUGGCAAUCCACAAGAUGAAGUAUUCUUUCCAGAUCUGGUCAGCCAUGAUGUCAUCCAAGGACAGCGAUGGGCAGGAGGCACAGCGAUUCACAGACCUGCUGGGAGACCAUGGGAAGCCAGUGUGGCCGCUGUGGGAGCUGAUGAAGUGGCUCGUGGGGAUGUCUUCUCACACACUCCCAGCUAUUGCCCUGGGGCUGACGGAGAGGCUGGUGAAUCUCAACCUUGGUGGAAAUGCCAAGCUGGUGAGCAUGGGGAAGAGCCUGCAGGAGGAGAUGGAGGCGCUGCUGGGGACAGAUGGGGUGCUCCUCUACCCCUCACACCCCACCAUUGCCCCCAGGCACCAUUCCCCCAUCUGCAUGCCCUUCAAUUUUGCCUACACAGGUGAGCAGCUCUGGCUCCUGCGGGGUGCAGGUAGGGCCAUAGGGAUGCCAUUGCCCACAGCAGCAGCAUGGGCUGGCAGCCAGGGGGUGCCGCUGGACAUCCGCCUGGUGGCCGCUGCCUACAACGACCACCUGACACUGGCAGUGGCCCGGUAUCUGGAGAAGGCCUUUGGAGGAUGGGUUUUACCGGGGAAAGUUUAG